GCAAGUGACCGCAGUUCUUCGCCGCCCGGCCCCUCACCGCACCUUGCAGACAAGGAGGUGGCAAAGUACUUGUGAGUGGUUGUCAUGGCGGCUGAUACAAAUGCAAAUGCGGCGCCAGACGUCAUCUCUAGGUUCUCCGGAUGGGUGGGCGACUGGCGUGUGGCUGUUCUCGAAGUCUCGCUCCCUGCUUGGGUCAAUGUCAUGAUCGACGACUCGUGGGUUCACAUCUCGUCGCUGAUCGAGGCCUCAGAGCCGAUGCUUCUGGCUCACUUGACCAACGCGAUUGUGAGCGAGGAUGUAUUCAACGGAAGCGGCAUCGCCGACUCGAUCGUGUAUCCCAUGACCGGCGCCAGCGACGGCCGGCGCAAUGUGCAGACCUGCCUCGACGCACUCAAGCGGGCCGGUGCGGCCAUCUCGGUCAAGGCUGACGAGAUUGUAGGCAGCUCAGUAGACUCAGUCAAGACGCUGCGGCUGUUAGUGGAGAUGUACGAGUUUUACUACUCGCGGCGGCUUGGGCUCUCUGCGCGCAACUUUCACAAGGGCCUCAUGCGGGCUGUCCGCAGGCAGCUCAGCUCGGUGUCGGGCAUUCCGUCGGGAACGCGCAAGGCGCUGACGGACGCACUGGACCGGCUGGUCAACUUUUCAACCAACUGGCAGUCGGGCCUCCUGUUUUCGGCCCUUGUUGCCUCGCUCGCGCCCAACUCGCUCUCGCCGUCGUCGGUCUCUCUGUCAAAGAUUCCAAACGAUGCGCUGCAAGCGGCGUUCAACGCUGCCAACACCGGCCUUGCGGUCCCGCAGCUUAUUUUGCCAUCGCAAGUUGCGUCGCAGCCCGAAGAAGUCUCGAUUGCUCUCUAUGUGGCCAUGAUCCUCGACUCGGGCAUCAACGGCUCGGACCGCUCGCUCAAAGCGCAGCUGAUGGCCAUGGAGACCGAGCUCAAGCGGGUGCAGCAAGUAGCCGACCAGGUGAGUGGCCUGCAGCUGGCGCUGACGGAGACCCGCGACGAACUGGCCAAGGCCAAGGGCGUCAAUUCGGCUAACGAGGGCCUUAAUCUGGAGCUGUACGCAAAGUCGGACGAGAUGGCCUCGCUUCAAGCUGAGAUCAUGAAGCUCAAGGCCAACAACAUGGCCGUGACCAAGGCGCUCGAUGAGACCAAGGCCAAGCUCGCGCGUGCCCGCGAGAACACCGGCGACCCCUCACUUGGCCCGGUUGUGGAGCGCAUCAAGGAAGACGUCUCCAAUUUGAUGUCCAAGGACGUCUCGUCGCGCAUGCUUCGUCUCCAGGCGGAACUGACCAAGAUGACCGAGCGGCUGGCCCGCAUCGAGCUCCAGCAUCGCAUGCACGAAAAGGGCGUGACGUUUUCGCGGCAUACCGAAGACGACGUGCCUGCCCCGCAGGGCAAUGUGGUCAUGAUGUGCACCCACGUGCAGGGCGCCAACAGGCUAUGGAUCAAGCAUCCGUCGGUGAUGGCACGGGCGCUCAACACCCACCACGCCUUCCUCCGCACCGUCCUUCCAACCUACGGCGGGUACGAAGUCCGCGUUGACGGUGACUCGUUCCUGGUCGCCUUUUCGUCGCCGGUCCAGGCUCUCCGGUGUGGCAUCUUCCUUCAGAUGGAGCUCAUGAAGCGUGACUGGCCGCGCGAGAUUCUGGAGGAAGAGGACGAAGACGUCCGGGUAGUGUUCGGCUCAUCAGGCUCGACCCUCUUUCGUGGCCUCCGUGUGGCCAUGGGCUUUGACAUUGGCCGAGCACAAACGCUGGAGGACCCGGUCUCCAACCGCGUCGACUACCAAGGCGACGUUGUCGAGCGGGUGCUCGCGCUCUCGAUGGCGGCGCUUGGCGGGCAGAUUGUCAUCUCGGACAUGCUGCACGAGGCCGUGGUCGACUCGCUCAGCUCGCUCUCGCUCGGUACCGAUCCGCCGGGCGUCACCCCGCUUGACGCGGUGGUGGUGCCGGGCAAGGACAUGCUAGUCAACUCGCUGCAACUCUCUCCGAGCCAGCUGAAAGAUCGUUCCUUUGUCGAAGCCAAGCGCGAGGUGGCCGACGAUGUCAUUGAGCUGUACAAGACCCGCAACCUCGACGCCAUCCAGAACGCGCUCUCGGAGCUCUCGUCGUCGGCUUCUCUGCUGCACUCGGAAGUUGACACGCUCUCAGCCGACUUUGCCGAGCGCAUCCAGGGCUGUGUCUCGCUCCAGCACCGGAUGAAGGAGCUGGCGCACACGAUGGCUGACCCCGUCGAGGUCCGGCUCGCCCUCGACAAGGCCGUCCAGUUCUUGCACUCGGUCCCGUCAGCGCUCAAUCCCGAGGUCUCGCAGCUCGCAGUCUCCAAGCGCAAGAUCAACGCGCACCUCGAAAAGGUGACCAUUCUGGAAGAGGUCAUCACCUCGCUCGUCGAGGGUCAGCGCAACCGGUGGAAGGGGACGCAGCACGCUCGCUUUGCCACCUCUUUUCUUGACUCGAAGCGCGAGGCGCUGGCCUUUGCCGAGGAGCGGCGUGAGCUCAUGCACACCAUUGACAUGCUCAGGUCCAAGCUCGAGAAAGCGCAGCGGUCGCUGAGGGUGACUCGGCGCGGCUCAACACCCAACGGCGCGCCGCCGCUCUCGUCGUCGCCGUCGCUCAGCUCGGCACUGGGGCCAAUGGCGUCGACGCUUGGCGGUGGACCUCCGUCUCGCGACCGCCGCUCGCCGCAGCCACACCUCGGCGGCCCGCCGUCGAUGCGCUCGUCGUAUCAGGGCGGCGAUGAGUUGGAGGCCGACACGUCGUCGUCGGCGGUGCUCUCUGUCUCGGCAUCGGGCUCGACGCUGCCGUCGCUGGGCGCGUCGGGCGCACCGUCGCGCCGCGGCCAAGGCGGCGAGCGUGAGUACCACCGCGGAUGGGACGCAUCAGCGUCGACCGGGACCUGGGCGCGCCACGCUGCGCCGACCCGUUCAGCCUCACAACGAACAGUGAGCGGCCCGUCGCCGACCGGCCCGCGCGGUGCGCGCGAGCGGUCGCGCGAGCGCGGCACUCGCCGCGGCCGCGACCGGUCCAAAGACCGACUCACCCAUUCGCAAGUCCGCUCGUCCAAGGGUCGCGGCAAGGACCGCGAGAAGGCCAAGUCCAAGUCCAAGGCCAAGUCCAAGGCCAAGGGUAAGGAUCGCGACAAGCGCGAGCGUGGGUCCAAGGACGGCCGGUCGUCUGGCCGCCCGCGGCGCGAGCGCUCGCGUGAGGACCACGAGCGGUCGCGGUCGGGCUCGUCGCGCAAGUUUGCUCCGCGGUCGUCGCCGCUCGCUGGUCCCGUCUCGCCAUCGUCCUAUGGCGGCCUCCGCGCAGGCGCGGGCUCGUCUGGUCACGGCACGUCCCGGCGGGCGGCGUCGGGCCGGCGGUCGCCUGGCCAUUCGUCGGACCUGCCGCCGUUGGCAGGUGGCGGCAAGGACAUUGACAAUGCGGCUAUGCUCACCGUCGAAGAAAUCAUUGAGCUGGACUCUGGCGAUGAUGAAUCGAACCGGGCCAACAUGCUCUCAGGCCCAGCGUCGUCGCGGUCGCGGUCCAAGUCUCCGCUCUCGACGCCAACCUCGCCCAAUCCGCCGACGCUGCGGUCACGGUCGGGCGUAGAGCUCGCAGCACCGGAACGUGGCUCAUCAUCGCAUGAAAACUCGGGCUCGCUUCCAGGCACGCCGUCGUCUAUCACACCUACGUCGCCGCAACCGCCGCAAACGCCGGCCGAGCCUAUGGCCCCCACCAGCUCGACCGGCUCCAUCGGCGCGGCCCAGAAGAAGAAGCGGAUUGUGCCCGAGGUCUCGCGCAUUCUGCUCGUCGAUGCCAACCAAGUCUCGCAAAUCAUGGGCCAAGUCGUGCUCGAGCAGCACGGGUACGAGUGCGUGGCGCUAGGCGACGGCAUCGCUGCCGUCGACAACAUCGAGAGCCAGCUCCGCGCCGGCAAGCCGUACCAGCUCAUUCUCACUGCAGUCGACGUGCCCGGUCGCGACGCCUUUGACCUCACCUCGGAAAUCCGCCGCAUCGAGUCGGCGCUUGGCUGGUAUCGCACCCCGGUUGUCGUCAUGUCGACCGAUCCGGCUUCGGACAUGGAGGCGUGCAUGGAUGCCGGCGUCGACGGCAUCUUCCCCUUCCCCAUCUCGAUGACGACCACCCUCGUCUCGACUAUUUUCCAGUAUCCCGCCGACGGGCAACCGGAGAAGGAAGCGCUCACCGCGCCGGGCUCUGUGGCUAUUGCGUACAUGAUUCGCCAUCACAGCGACUAAGCCGGCCAUAAACCGGUCUCGAGCCAUCAGCCGCAUGGAAGAGAGCAGGUUUUUGUGGCAGGAAUCAGAAAACAAUACAUCUCGCUGCCGUUGCAAUGCAAGAA